AUGGGACAAUCACAGUCUGCAAAUGUUAAUGAAGAUACGGAUAACGGCGCUCCAAAAACAGACAAGAAGGUCGAUUACUAUGAGCUUCUUAAUGUCGAACGCAAUGCGUCUGGAGACGAGAUAAAGAAGGCCUACAGAAAAAAGGCUCUGGAGCUACAUCCAGACAGGAACUACGGGAAUGUAGAGGCGGCUACCGAACUGUUCGCAGAAGUCCAAGCUGCCUACGAAGUCCUGUCAGAUCCCCAUGAACGCGCAUGGUAUGACUCGCAUCGAGAUGCUUUCUUAGGCGGCGAUUCCGCGGCUCGGGGAACUGAUUACUCCUAUGAGACUCGAAUGACAACAGCCGAUGAAAUUUUGAAGCUGUUCUCCAAAUUUAGCCCUCGCAUGGAAUUUGACGAUUCGCCGGACGGGUUCUAUGGCGGCCUUCGUGAAACAUUCUCACGAAUUGCCCUCGAAGAGAAGACCGCUUGUCACUGGGAGAACUUGGAAUAUACGGAGUACCCAACCUUCGGACGUCGCGAUGACAGCUUUGCAGACGUUGUGCGCCCAUUCUACGCUGUCUGGGGCGGGUUCUCCACCAAGAAAUCUUUUGCGUGGAAAGAUGCCUAUCGUUACUCUGAUGCCCCGGACCGUCGAGUGCGCAGACUCAUGGAAAAGGAGAACAAACGCUUGAGGGAAGAGGGUAUCCGUGAAUUCAACGAGGCUGUUAGAUCUCUUGUGGCCUUUGUAAAGAAGCGCGAUCCCCGAUUUAAGGCUAAUGCGCAAAAUGAAAGGCAAAGGCAAGAAACACUGCGUCAGACCGCUGCUGCACAGGCUGCUAGGUCACGCGCAGAAAACCAGGCCAGAUUACGAGAUCAUGUCGUCCAAGACUGGGCAAAGUCGGAGGCUCCUGACGAGGACCAGUCCGAUCUGUCUGAAGAAGAGACGGAGUACUUUGACUGUGUCGUUUGUCGCAAAGGUUUCAAAAGCCGAAAUCAGUUCGAGGCCCAUGAGCGUAGCAAGAAGCAUCUCAAGGCUGUUAAGCAGCUUCGUUGGGAAAUGAGAAUGGAGAGCGAGCAACUGGGCCUAGAAGAGCAUCUCGAUCAUGCGGAUGAACCACAGGAAUACCAUGAGGAGGUCAAUCACUCGAAAACCCCGCCGACGGAGCACGGCUCAGACAUUAAUUGUACUGAGGACGUGUACGACAACGCCACCGAAGUGGUCGGCGAAUUUGAUGCAACUGAUGAUACCGAAUUGUCCAGGGAAGAGUUACCCCCCCAUGCAUCGCCUUCUGAGGAUUUGUCGAGCCUUGACGAAGAGGCGGAUUAUGCGUCAAGGGAGUCCAUUCAGAACAGACUUGGAUCAUUCAGCAUUUCGGAGCCUGGGCCAGAUGAGCCAGGGGUAGCAGGUGGCAUAUUUCAGCACACCCCAGCCUCUGAUUCUGAAGGAAAUUCUCGACGCGGUGCUCAGAAGCUGGGCACAGAAGCCAACGGCACAGUCUCAAAACUUGACAUGCGGGACAUGCAAUACAUCCUUCUCGUCAAAGAAUCAGCUAUUUCGCCAUAUCAAGGAGCUGCCCGACCAUGCGCAGCCAGUAUCUAG